UUUGGUUCUGCACAGCCGUCUCUUUUCCUCUUCUUCGACGACUAGUAUAAGCAUGCAAAAGUCACCGUCGUGCGAAGAGCUUCCGUUCCUGGCGAUGGCCAAGUCCCUCGCCUCCUCGCUGCCGUCGCCGUCGCCGUCACCGACGCACCUGCACGCGUCCAUGGGCAUCCCGGUCGUCGACGUGGAGACCUUCUUCGGGUACUAUGUGCAGUACGACAUGGGCCUCACCUGCCCUGUCACGCACCGCGCUUGGCGCGUCGCCAAGCGCUACUCGGAGAUGCUCGCCUUCCGGUCGACGACGCUGGCCCACAUGCGCACUGCGAUGGCCAGCGUGUCGUCCCGGCACUUGGAGGAAGCGCUGAAUAUGCCGUUCCCGAAAAAGCACAUGGACGCGGAAAAGCCGCAUGUAAUUGCGGCGCGCAUCAAGGGAUUUGAAGCCUUUGUCGGCCACCUCUUGGCGCUCUACACGGACGUCCGGGCGUCGGGUGCCACCGCCAUGGAGGAGGCGCUCGCCACGUUUCUCGCCGUGCCCGAGGACGUGCGGCGCGUGGUUUUUGAGCCCGCGCCAACGUCGCUUGUGUGCGACGACGAUUGCACGAUCUGCCUCGAUGCGUUCGAGCACGAGGACUUGGAGGUGGCGGGGGCGAUCUUGAAGCUGCCCUGUGGCCACUGCUUUCACCGCGACUGCCUCCACGACUGGUGCAACCGCGCAAUGACAUGCCCUGUCUGCCGCGGCCCGAUCACGCAGAUCACGGCCUUGUACGGGCCCCACAGCGACUAG